CAACACCCUUCUCAUUCCUUUUCAGCAGGUUGACCGCGCAUCAAUCUCGUUGACGAUUCCCAAGGCGGAAAGAAAGUGCGAUUGUUAACAAAUUCCCCCCUGAAGCAUUUUCAUGACUUUCUAGACGAUCUUACAGCGCAUUUCAAUGAUACCAACCAAUGAUUGCGUUGCCGCCUCUAAUCGGACAUUCGAAUAAAAGACAUGAGAUCACUCUCAUUCUGCUUGCAGCUAGUAUCUAUCUCGCUUAUCCUCUUGACUUGCCAUCGCACCAAAUCUACUCCCAACGCCAAGCCUCUUCACAUUCCCCUUCGCAUUGCCGCCCCUCAUUUGACUAGAAGGGAAAAUACAAAUGACUUCCUUGACUUUGAAACUUGGGCUACGCAGGCCGGUUCCAAACUCAAUUCAAGGUAUGGAGGACAAACAGACACGGACACAAACCCCUCAGAAAUCAAACAUUCACUUCAUCCGCGCCAAGUCGCCAACGUCCGUCUCACCAAUGCCUUCUCUGACGCCAUUUACACUGCACCCAUUACCAUUGGCACACCGCCGCAGAGUUUCAAUAUGAUUAUGGAUACGGGCUCUGGUGAUUUAUGGAUUGCUGAUUCUUCAUGCAACAUAGAUCAGGGUUGCCCUGCCUCUGCAAGAAAGUUUGACCCACUGAAAUCGACAACUUACGUGAAUCAGUCGAAAGCCUUUAAUGUUCAAUAUGGCUCAGGAAAAGCACAAGGCAUUCUGGCCAAAGAAUCUGUCAGCGUCGGCGGCUUGACCGUCUUAAGCCAACUACUCGGCAUAUGUGAUUCAGUGGAAAAUAUACUUCGGCCGGGACUCGACAUCAGUGGAAUAAUGGGUUUAGCCUGGAGCGGAAUCGCCAGCAGUCCUUCCACCCCAGCCUGGGAAUCACUUUUCUUGCAAGAUGCACUGAGUGAACCAGUGAUAUCCUUUGCUCUCUCGAGGUUGAACCGUAGUCAUACCCAAACGACCGCGCCAGGUGGUACGAUGACUAUCGGUGGAACGAACAAACGUCAUUACGAAGGUGGAAUUGAUUAUGUUCCCCUCGCCAAGAAUCAGUCAUACUGGUUGAUACCCUUAGAGUCUAUAACUGUUGGAGGCAAAGCUGUGGAGAUUGGAACACCAAACAUUGCAAUUGAUACAGGUACUUCUUUGAUAGGGGGCCCAGAUGAAGACUUGAGGACUAUUUUCUCGGUCGUACCCGGAGCAGCACUAAUGCAAGAUGGUAGCUUCAAAGGUUACUGGACUAUACCCUGCAAUAACCCACUCACGAUUUCGGUUCAAUUUGGAUCCAUUUCAUAUCCCAUCAAUCCACUUGACACUAACCUGGGAAAAAUCAAUCAGAAGAACCGGUGCUUGACGUCUUUUUUUACUAUCAGCAAAUCGAAAUCAGGCGGAAGUAUACCCGGAUGGAUUUUUGGGGCGGCAUUUUUGAAGAAUGUAUAUUCCGUUUUUCGAGCUUCACCCCCCUCUAUCGGUUUUGCCCAGCUCUCAUCAACCUUCGUUGGAGAGAAAACGCUAUCACCCAGAUUAAUCAGCCAACACCCACUCGAAAAACACCCACUCAAGCAAGCGUCCAAAGAAGCACACCGUCCUCAAAACGGGGGCUCAAAUUUGAGCUCGAAGAUCCCACCGAUAGGGCUGUUGGUGAUUUCAACUGUAAACCUUCUUUUAUUUAACCUUCAAAUUUCCGUUGGCCUCAGAUGGUUCAUUUGAACAAGCAGCCAAACCACUGCUUAUAUCAUGACCUUCGAAGCCUCGAAUUUUCAAUUUCCAAACCAUGGCUGGCCUACAAUUAUUGAUAAUUAAAACUCUAGCGCAAGUUUUCGGAGCCUUUCUCCAAAUGCUAAAAC